UUGGCGCAAAGUCUUCUGGGGCUUGUAGUUCCCGCUGAGCGUGGGGCCGCGCCAGUCAGUUUCCCUUGCUACCCACCCAGGCCUUUGCCUCCGGGCCCCUUCCUCAAGCAGCCGGAGGACGCGCUGACCUUGUGCAGUCAUGGCCUCAGCAGAGCCUGAGGGGAAACCAGGAGCCCAGGAGGGGCCGCCCCCAGCACCACCACAGCUUGCAGAGGCAAUGGGCGGCCGUGUUCAGAGCUCAGAGUGUCCUGUGACAGGAGACCGGUGCCUGGUGCCAGCCCAUGAAGCCUGCUGGACCCAGGGUGAAGAUAAGUGCCCCACAGGACCCGUCUCAGAGCCAGCGCUCCAAGAGGGCAGACUCCAGUUGGAGGAAGAGAGGCUCAAGCCAGAGGUGGAGGCGUUGGAGGAGAGAGGCCCCAGGCCUAUGACCUCCAUUGUGAGGCCCAGUCAUGGUCCCAAGAGGAAGCCAGUCAACCUCCCAGGGCCUAGCCACCAAGCCCAUCUUAGGACUGAAGCUGAGCUGCCACCGGGGCUACCGCUGCAGAGGGAGGAGCCAGAAGGUAGCCAAAGUGAGCCCUCACCAUCAGCUAAACAGCACAAAAAAUCCAAGAAGCGCAAGAGUCUGGGAGCCCCAGUGCUUCCAGCUGUGGCCAGCACAGCAUCAGCACCCUCGGAAACCUUGGGUCUGGAGCGAAAGGCCCAGCGGCUGCGCCCCCUGUACCAGUACAUCAACUACUGCAAUCCUGAGCUGAACCAGGCAGGGGAGGGGGACAGGGAGGCCGAGGUGGACGUGGAGCCUGAGUCGGAGUUGGCCCUGGCCCCUGAGGAGGCGGCUGUGGAGCAACUACAGGUCUUGCUGCCCAUCGCAGGUGAGCUGGGGUCAGGCCUCACUGUGCCCUGCACCACUACAUUCCUGGCCCCCACCCAGGGACAGGAGGCUGGAGAGGAGCCUGGGGGUUUGCCCAACCUGGGGGUCAGCGGCUGCCUCAAGGCUGAGGUGGAUAAGUCAACCCAGGUGGACAUCGACAAGAUGCUGAGCGUCUGUGCUGCCCCUCUCGUACCCCCACUUUCUCCUCAAUACAAGUGACUGGCUCCCCUCCCCCCAGUUCUGAGCCACAGCGGCGGGCUGUGGGCCUAGGCCCUCGGGUGGAGGGGGCAAUUGGGCCGCUACUUGGAAUCUUGGACUAGUUGAAAAUAAAUGUUUUUUUCUUUGUGAUUCCCCAAGUAAGAAGC